AUGGCGACCCUCACUGUGCGAUCCUCGCUCUACUUUUCACUGUCUUCCAAUCUUCCUUUGAUCUAUGAUGACUUCGUGACUGUUUUUAUGAUCGCAGACGGCGUUGACAACACACAGGAGAUCAAGCAAGGUUUCAAGCUUCGGCCGACAAAGACAAUCGAUAAGUCGAAACCUGUCAUCAUUGCAGAAGGAGAGGAUGCUGAUGAAAUUGCUCCGACAAAGCGACCACCUCCCCAGGCGGCUCCUGUUCCGGAGAUUGAGAUUCCAUGUGGAUUGGAUUCUGCUGCAAAGUCUCCGAGAGCAUCCCCGUCUCCACGGGCGUCACCUUCUCCCAGAGCUUCACCUAAACCAAGUUCCAGCUCCGUGCCUCCUCCACCUAUAAUGUCCGGUGGUGGGCCUCCUCCUCCUCCGCCACCGCCUGGGUCCGCUCCGCCUCCACCACCACCACCGCCAGGAGGCGCUGCUCCACCUCCUCCACCACCAUGUCCUUCUCCUUCACAAGAUUUUCGGAAGUCCAAAUCACCUUCACCAUUCCCUGGACUCGGUGGGAAAUCGCCAGCGGAAAUUGAUCUCGAUGCAUUCCUGAAGUCCAUUCAGGGAGGAAUCCGCCUUCGCAAGACGGUCACUAAUGACAAAAGCGGCCUAAUCGUUGACGAAACCAUGAAGGAGAAGAGUGUGCAAUUGAUCGAACCUGCACCAUCCACAGCGUAUAUCCCUCCAAAGAAGGAUCCUCCAAAGAAAAGCGUGGCUUAUCAAAGGCCCAGAUCUCCUUAUUUGCAAGCAGAAGCGUCUGAUGAUGAAAGAUUCCUGACGCCGACUGGUCGUGGCUCUGAAUAUGGCACUCCAGAGCCUGAUGCCAAAGAAGAAAGGAGAUCAACGGACUUCGCUUUCGACGAGAAAAGUCUGAAAGUUACUGCAGAGGAUAUCAAGCAGGAGAUCCCAACGGGAACGGCAGCCGCAAGAAUAGCAAAAUUCAACGUAGGAGGUACGGAUGCCGCAAACGGCGGUACUGUGCAACGAAACUUCCGUCCGUCGCCAGUGCGAAUUCCAUUCUUGGCCGAGGUGAACAACAAUGCAAGCGGUGAGAAGAAACCCAAAGCCCCGUCGAAAUGGGCACCAGUCGAGUGCGGAGGGCUCAGACAGCCAACUCGAGUGAAUGUCCCUAUGGACCGGAACGAACGUGCUCAUUCGGAGGUGCGUACUCGCAGCAGCUCAAAUCUUCAGGAGCCUUCGUCAUUCGAAAGAGCCCGCACUCAGAGUCCUACUCCACGAGAGCCAGUCAAUUCCGAUCCUCCUAAACGUGGAGAUCGAAAGAAUGCGCCUAAGGAGAUUUCAGUCAGCACUGAUUUCUCUGCUCCACCACUCCCUAAAUCACAGCCGCCAUCCAUCAACGAGAUUCCACCGUCGCCAAAAACUUCCGUUUCUCAUCCAUAUUCUUACAGUAAGACUGCUGAAACAGCCAGAAAUCGGAGCCCAACGCCAUCCUCGGAGAAAGCUUCACCAUCUCCGUCGUUGUCCUCCGCUUCCCUUCCAUCCCCCUCUUCCAUAUCGCCCGGCAGUACAUCACCUGAUCUGCCGAGGAAGAGGAAUCCAGCGUUUGAUAAGGCAAAAGAGAUGUUUUCCGGAAGUGCGGAAACCAGAACUCCUUCUCCUCGUCCCAAUCUCUUGAAGGAUUCAGUUCGACGUUCGCCUGGUCCUGAUUUUGGAUCUAUCAAAGAGACUAAGAAAGAAAAGAGCAGCACAAAGGAGGCGUCUGAAAAAAGCAAGAUUCUGGAAUGUAUAGUGUUCAUUUUCGUGAAAUCUUCAUCAACUUUACCAUCGCGAGACGCCGGUCUGAAAGCACCAGCUUCUCCACUUCACGUCCGUCGCCGCAGCACUCUCCUCCUCAGCCGCGUCCAUCUUUAUCUCCGCGUCGAGUUAAAUGAACAGAAACGGGUAAUUAACGUGCCCAUCUCUGCUCCUUGGUAUCAGCGUUCGUUAUCCACUACGCAGGCUCCAGAAACGGGUCGUGCACAUAGGGUAGUUGUUAGGAUGGACCCGUUCGCUUCACUCGACAUGGACAGCCUUAGGCGGAAUUACCAGUUCAACAUCGACUUAUCCAGCGAUUCCCCGUUAUCGAUUGUGAACAGAUGA